AUUUUAUGGCAGAUCAUUCCCCCUACUGAACUAUUUGAGAUUCUACAGAAGGUGCUUCAGAAGGGAUAUGUAAAGUCCAAAUGGCGACCAACUUUAAAGACAACCUUGGAGUUAAUAUGCUCCAUGUCCACCAAGGGUGACCACAGCAAGGAUACAUCCCUGACCAUGGUACUUCUGCCCCAUAUGUUAGUGACCCAGGCUGAGGAGGAGGCCAUAGAACUGGCAAGGACUGUACUGGAGUCUUCUUAUGCUUCACAACAUACCUUAUUCAAAGACCUGAAGAAAGUGUGGUGUAAAAAGGCUCCUGGCAUAAAUGUGACUUUGGAAGCAGAAGCUGACUUAAAUGAAUGUUUGAUAGAUGGCCUUAGCAGUGUUUUGUGUAGGUUGACUGCAGCAGAAAGAAGAAAGUGGGUUACAGUGCUUGUGAACCACAAGGCAGCAAACCAAAAGUUACAAACCUCUCUUAGUUUCAUCACAUUGAUGACGUUGUCUGCCAUGAUGGAGCAUAGUGGUCUUGUGGGAACUGAGGCAGCUGAGGAAGUAGUGGCAGUGCUGCUUAGGAACUGGAAAGUUGUGAAUGGUGACAAGAAAAGCCCAAAGCAAAAAAAUGUAGAAGCAACUCCACUUGACCUUGCCACAGCAGUGAAAGAAUUCGGGAGCAAGAGGCAUCUGUACAGCAAUUUCAUCCAGUCAGUGAAAGAAAACAAAGGGCUUCCAGAGGGUGUCUUUAUUGGGGUUAUGUACAGGUUGAUCUCUUCUCUUAAGAUAUCCAAACAACUGGCAGGCAAGCACUGGUGGGCAAUCCACCCAGAGAAGAAAGGUGAUGAUCUGUACCUCCAUGUGUGCACCAGGAUAUUUGACAUGCUGACCACAGCCCUGGCCUCUGACCAACAGGAAAACAUGAAGUGUUAUGAAAGUCUGUUGCAGCUGUUGUUUAAGACCCAGUUUGACAAGUUAUCCCUUCUGUUUAAAUUCCUGGCCAUGCUUUGGACAUCUAACUGUCUGGACAUGUCCAUCACGUCUCUGACCACGGUCACCCAGGCCAGAGCUUUGAGAGUGGCCUGUGCUGCCCUCUCCAGUGUGGACAAUAAGGCAGAUAUGGCUGCCUUAAUGGGCACCAAAUCUCCAGUAAUCCCUAGUUUGCUGGUAUCCCUGACUUCGGUGUAUCCCCCAGUACGUGAGGCUGCCUUGAUGAUCCUGGGGGCAGUGAAAGAGAAGUGUCCUGCAGAUGCCAGCCCAUAUAUGGUUGUGGUCAGUAGGCUAGUCCAUGCUAAGGAGGAACUAAUCACUGAUCAACACCAUUUGUCUCAGACCUUGGGAGUCCUCUUCUCAAAGAUAAAGAAGGCUGAAGAUGAAACUGGGGAGCUUUUAAGCCCAAAGAAGAAGGAAAAGUCUAAAGCCAAGAAAGGGCUGCUCCAGGCUGCUCUGGGAAGUCUGUUACACUGUGUGGUGGGCCAGGAGACUCCUAGACAUGUGGUGACAGGGUUGCUGAAAUGCCUAAAGGAGGUGCACAGUGAGGAUAUGUUGAACCAACUACUGCCAGUGAUGCAGGAUAUUCUGCAUAGGGCAUCCACAACACAACACCAUUUGUCUCCUAAUGAUGCCACCUCGCUGGAGUUGAUCUUGACCAAGUUUAACGCAGAGACGUCUGCUCUCCUGGCAAGAAAUGAUCAGAGUGUGAAAUUGUUUUUGAAAGCUUUGCAGCUUGACAAAGUGGUAUGUCCUGGAAAACUUGCACCAGGGGAAAUGGCUAUAAAACAGGUCACCAAGGAGUUCUUCAGUUCCAUCCCCAGUGCAGAUGUACAACAACUGAUACUGUGUGCACUCAUUGACCUGUGGACAGAUGGCAGCACUGUGGCAACAGCUACUUUGGUCACCAAGGCUUUGAAAGGGCUCUCCUUGCAAGCAGAGCAGAUUGCUCUCGAGCUGAAUAAACUGGACCAGCAAGCCGGGGCUGUCUCCACUGUGAGAGAGGCAAAACGUGCUCGGCGCAUGUCGCGUCCAAAUGUGCCUUCUGAAGAAGAUACUGCUCCAAUGGAGAGAAGAGGAUGGAGAAGGGUUACACUCAUCCUAGAGAUGCUGCAGAAUAAGAAGAAAGUGAAGAACAUCCAUCUUCUGAUACCAAUAUUUUUUGGGUUGAUUUCCAAAUUGUUUGAGGUGGACGACACAAGCAGCACAGAGUAUGUGAAGCAAUUGCUGUUGUCCUGCAUACUUCAUGCCUGUCAGAAACUAUCACCAGAUGGAAAGCCAAUAGAUGAAAGUUUGGUCAGUGAAAAGCAGUUUAAUGUGGAGUUGCUUGUACAAUGCAUCCGUUCUUCAGAUAACCCUCAAACACACAGGCAUGCUUUGCUCUUGCUCAGCAUGGCUGCUGGGCUGUUUCCUGACCAUGUGCUGCACAACAUCAUGGCUGUGUUUACGUUCAUGGGGGCCAACAUCAUGAGACAAGAUGAUGCCUACAGCUUCCAGGUGAUCACAAAGACAUUGGAAACUGUCAUACCAGCCCUAAUAAAGGCAAGUGAACAGCAAGAAAAGGUGCAGCAUGUGGUGUCUGAUGUGUUGAGAGUGUUUGUUGAUGCCAGCCCUCAUAUACCAGACCAUCGCCGUCUGCCUCUUUUCACAAAGCUUGCAGAAACGGUUGGGACCGAGAAGUUUCUUUGGAUCAUGGUUGUACAAAUGCUUGAGAGCCAUAUCACAAAAGGGGCACAGAAAACUGAUGAGCAAGAAAAUAAGCCUCCAGCAGGACAUGUCCACCAAGACAUUGAAUUCUGUCUCCAUGUGGUCCACAGUUUCUCGCCAAGGGUCCAGGUUGUCUGCUGUCAUCAGUUACUCCAGUAUCUGGCAAAGUUGCCACAGGAUAAAGAAGAAGAUACUGCUACAACUUCAAAAACAAGAACACCCAGAAACGUGACAAAGAAGAAGACAAAGAAUAAAUUGUUUGACACAGAGACCCACACUGCUAAACAACUGCGACAUUUCAAAUACACUUUAGCAAACGUUAUCAGUGUAUUGCUCUCUAGUGAGACAUUCAUCAGCCAGCUUGUGGAAUUAGAGGAGACAGAUGUGACCUCCAUGCAACCUCUGUAUCAGACUCUUCUAGAAGAAGACUUGAGGUACAUCACUCAGGUUGCCCACUGUCUGGAAGCACACACACACAGCAAUACUGCCAAGUUCUGGAGAGCUUUGUUGCACAAGGGAUAUGAUAUAUUGGAAAAGGUGAAUGCACUGUUGCCAGGCAAUGUUUUUGUUACCGUGGUGACUGGCUUGAUGCAGAAUGAGUUGGCCACAGUGAGGAGGAAGGCAAUGGAUAUGCUGAAUAACAAACUACAACAACAACAGACUCCUUUUACACAAGAAGAGCAAUCUGCACUGCUCAACCUUAUUGACAAGCUGGUGUCAGUUGCCGCAGCAACUAAUUUGACAGACAGUGAUGGUGGAGAGGAGCAAGCUGUGAACCGUCAGACUGCCCUCUAUAGCCUAAAGUUACUCUGCAAAUGCCUAGGCAAGGACGGUCCAGCAGCAUUUACAAAGCUUUUUGUUUUGAGCACCACCAUCUUUCUGGAGUCUGGUGCCAGCACUGCAUCUCCCGUGGCUGCCAGUGCCUUGCUGUUGCUGGCAGAGUUGUGUAGUGUGCUGAAAGCCCAUGCCAUCCCAUUCCUGCCACGCUUCAUGCCUGGCUUACUCAAGGUGCUACAGAAUGAAGAAAACCUUUUAAGCAAUGACCUGCUGCUGCUGAGUGCAGUGACCACACUCCACAAGGUGGUGGAGAGCCUGCCACAUUUUCUCAGUCCAUACCUGGAAGAGGUGCUGCUCAGGGUGGUCCAGCUGUCCUGCUUAGAGUCUGAAGACCAUCACAAGUCCCAGCUGCAUCUGAGACUGAGAGCUGUCAGGCACAAUCUGUCCACAGUUAUAGCCCCCAGAGUGCUGCUGCCAGCUGUAACCCACUGCUAUGAUAGUGUGGUGCAGCAGCAGAAGUCUUGUAUCAUCCCCUUGAUGUCCAUCUUGGAGGGUCAUUUGUCCAGCAUGAGUAAAGAUGACCUGAAUAGCCACCACAACCAGAUUGUUACCUUCUUCCUCACUGCUCUGGAUUUCAGAAUGAAUAACCAGAAUUUGCCAAUGCUAGACAUCCUUAAAAUAGAAGAGUGUGUGAUAAAACCAGUGAUUGCUAUGAUAAUGAGACUAUCAGAGGCAACAUUCAGGCCUAUGUUUUUCAAGCUGUUUGACUGGGCUACCAGGCUUGAGACAACUAAAGACAGGUUGAUCACAUUCUAUAGGUUGGGAAACUGCAUCUCAGAGAAAUUGAAGGGAUUGUUCUCACUCUUUGCUGGACACAUUGUGAAGAACUCUGCCAACAUAUUGAAUGACAAUAACACCUAUAAAACAGCUGAGCCAUAUUUUGGUGAAGAUCCCCGUGCUGAAGAGAAGGCGAGUCAGUUGUUACAGUAUGUGCUGGACUGUCUCCACAAAAUAUUCCUAUAUGAUACAGACGGCUUUCUCAACAAGGAAAGGUUUGAUACACUCAUGCAGCCAUUGGCAGACCAGCUUGAAAAUCUUCAAGGAGGUGAGGGUUGCUAUGAGUCCAGAGUUAACGACCACUUGGUGCCGUGUAUCGCCCAGUUCGCCAUUGCAGCUGGGGAUGAUGGGAUGUGGAAACCUCUGAACUAUCAAGUUUUGUUGAAGACUAGGAAUAUCUCAGCAAAGGUUCGUUUUGCAGCUUUGAGGGUGAUAGAAGAGUUCAAUACCAAACUGGGAGAGGAAUAUAUGACACUACUUCCAGAGACUAUCCCCUUCCUAGCUGAACUCAUGGAAGAUGAAUCAGAAGAAGUAGAACACAAGUGCCAAGAAGUCGUAACACAGAUGGAAAAGGUUCUUGGGGAACCUAUACAGAAAUACUUUUAAGCCAAACCAGAAUUUGAUGUAACAUGAUUGUCAGAUUUCCAGUGCACAUUUUAAUACAUUGCAUGAAUACCUGACAUUUUUCUAUCCACUUUUAUUAUAUGUGUUCCAAAAAAUUAACAAAAAUAGUUUUCAUUAUGAUAUCCAUUAAAAUACAAUAAAGUUUCCAAAAACGUAAUUUUUUUAUACAGAAUUGAAUUAGUUUGC